GAAUUCAACUUUCACUUCUGUUGCUUCUUAGCGGGUUACUUGGCGUAUUGGUUUUUGUUUUGCCAAGUUACUAGUUGGGCGCAUAAACAGUUAUGCGGUCGACGCCGUGUCAUCAUAUUCAACAAUAAUACAAUCAAUUUAUGUACACGCACGCAAUUUAGCACCCAUACUAGAAUAACAUGGCCACCAUUCGGAGUCGCCACAGUACAACAACAAUAACAGAACCAGAAACGGAACAACCGUUUGAAAGCAAAGGCAACAACAAAGAUAACAACAAUGGAAAGCCUACUGCGCCGAAAGAGAAAACUGAUCCCAUGAUAUAUAUAAUAUUCCUGUCACUCCUCUUUGAUUUGCUUGCGUUUACAAUCAUCUUGCCUUUGUUGCCUUCGCUCUUGGAGUAUUAUCGCAUAAAUGAUAGUUCCGGCUUAUAUGCCUGGUUGACGACGCGUGUGCGUUGGUUCCAGCAGCUACUCGGUGCUCCGGAACGGUAUUUAUCAGUGCUCUUUGGUGGAUUCUUGGGCUCAAUGUUUAGCUUUUUACAAUUCCUGGCAAGCCCCAUUGUCGGCAGCCUCUCGGACUACUAUGGACGGAAGCCCGUUCUGCUCAUUUGUGCCUCGGGUAUCGCUCUCUCCUAUCUUAUCUGGGCCUGCUCCCGCAAUUUCGCCCUAUUUGUGCUGGCGCGCGUUGUUGGCGGCAUCAGCAAAGGCAACAUCUCCCUCUCUAUGAGCGUCAUCACAGAUGUCUCCAGCGUACGGACGCGUGGUAAAGGCAUGGCUCUCGUCGGAGUUGCUUUUUCCCUUGGGUUUAUUGUGGGUCCCAUGAUAGGUGCUAUGUUUGCAAUAUUUUCGAAUAAAAGCGCCAGCGGCGGUGCUUGGUUUGUUUUGCCCUCCCUCUUGGCUCUGGGCUUGGCUUUAGGAGAUGUGCUGCUUCUUGCUUUCUGUUUGCGGGAAACACUACCUGAGGAGAAACGUGCUCCCGAAAUAUCAUCUGCUUUGUCAUAUGGCCUGCAAUUGCUCAACGUCUCCUCCAUAUUUAAGUUUGCCGCCAUCAAAAAUGUGCCUAAAAAAGAUAUACAAGCACUACGCAGCAUUGGCCUCAUUUACUUUCUUUAUCUCUUCCUCUAUUCGGGAUUGGAAUUCACUGUUACGUUUCUGAUGUAUCAUAAGUUCGGGUACACAUCGAUGGAUCAGGCCAAGAUGUUUUUAACGACAGGGCUCGUUAUGACUCUGCUACAGGGAUCCGUGGUACGUCGUCUACCAGAAGCAAAGAUAAAAAAUUAUGCCAUAUUCAGCCUGUACUUGAUUGUGCCUGCUUUCGUGUUAGUCGGCCUAGCAGACAAUAGUCGAAUGCUUUAUGCCGGCAUGAUACUAUUCGCAAUCUCCACUGCGUUUGCAGUUACCUGUUUGACUACCUUAGUGUCCCGCUAUGGCAACGAUGAUCAAAAGGGUUCAGUAUUAGGGAUAUUCCGUUCGCUAGGUGCGCUGGCUCGUGCCCUGGGCCCAGUUGUCGGAUCUAUAGCAUUCUGGUGCGUGGGCUCUAAGAUCACGUAUAUAGCUGGUGGACUGCUACUUGUCUAUCCGGCCUUUGCUUUGCAGCGUGCACGUAUUUAAAGCUAUCUAUCUGCU